AUGGUAACCUAUUUUACUACAAAGGAAGAUUUCAAUGAGGCAAUUGUUACUUAUGCAGUCCAUUCUGGCAGAGAUUUAAGGUUCACUAAGAAUGACAAGAUAAGGGUUAGGGUCAAGUGUAAGGAUGGAUGUGAAUGGGAAUCUUACUGUGCUAAGUUGCCUACUGAGGAUUCAUGGCAACUAAGAAAAGUAGUUGACACUCAUAGUUGCAGUAGAGAGUAUCAUGUAAAGUUAUUGAAAACAAAAUGGUUGAGCAAGAGGUUACAGAAUUCACUUAAAACCAACCCUAGAAUGAAGCUUAAGGACAUUAAGGAAAAGGUUCAGAAGAAGUGGAAUGUUGGGGUCAACAAAACCAAGGCUAUAAGGGCUAGGUUUGCAGCCAGAGACAUGGUUGAUGGGUCAUUUCUAGGGGAUUAUACAAGGGUGUAUGACUAUGCAUAUGAGUUACUAAGAUCUAACUCAGGUUCAACUGUUAAGGUUGGUGUUCAGCCUGCACAAGAAGAAGCCUUUAAUAGUGUCAUCUUGGAGUCAAGGGCCAAACCAUUAAUCACCAUGGUGGAAGAGAUUAGGAUAUACAUGAUGGAAAUAUGGGAACCAAAUAGGAUGAGGUUUCAGAAAUUGGAAGAUGUUGAUGUGCUACCUAACAUUAAGAAGAAGAUUGACAAAACAAGUUCAUACACAAACAUGUGGCUUGUAAGGAUGUCUGAUGAGUUUAUAUUUGAAGUGAGAAAUUUGGAAAACCAUGCUGAAAAAUUUACAGUCAAUCUAAAAGAGAUGACUUGUUCAUGUAGAAGAUGGGAGCUGACAGGCCUCCCAUGUGUUCAUUCACUAUCAGCAAUCAAAAGUAGGAACCAGAAGAUUGAUGAUUAUGUUCCUGAGUAUUACAGGAAAUCAAUAUAUAUGCAAGUGUACAAGCCAGUCAUUUUUCCAGUAAAUGGCUCAAACCUAUGGGAGAGAACAGAGUACCCUGAUGUUCUGCCACCCAAAUUUAGGAAAAUGCCAGGAAGACAAAAAAAGGAGGAAUUUGGAGCAAGGUGA